AUGUCUCGUCGCUACGAUUCGAGAACAACCAUCUUCUCGCCAGAAGGCCGCCUCUACCAAGUCGAAUAUGCGCUUGAAGCUAUCUCACACGCCGGCACUGCGCUCGGAAUCCUCGCACAAGAUGGCAUUGUCCUUGCCGCAGAGAGAAAAGUCACCAGCAAGCUAUUAGAGCAAGACACUUCGGCGGAGAAGCUCUACAUCCUCAAUGAUAACAUGAUCUGUGCCGUUGCUGGUAUGACCGCCGAUGCGAACAUUCUCAUCAACUAUGCCCGACAAGCCGCGCAGCGCUACCUCUUGACCUACGAUGUCGACAUUCCCUGCGAGCAACUUGUGCGGCGAUUAUGCGAUCUAAAGCAAGGCUACACUCAGCAUGGUGGUCUGCGUCCGUUUGGUGUGUCGUUCAUCUACGCCGGCUGGGACGCCCAGCGUCAGUUUCAGCUAUAUCAGAGCAAUCCCAGCGGCAAUUACGGUGGGUGGAAGGCUACCAGCGUGGGCGCCAAUAAUGCCAGUGCGCAGAGUCUUCUGAAGCAGGACUACAAGGAGGAGUGUGAUCUGAAAGAGGCGUGCGGAAUGGCAGUCAAGGUGCUGAGCAAGACUAUGGACAGCACAACCCUGAGCAGUGAGAAGAUUGAGUUUGCGACUGUUGGCAGGACCAAAGAUGGCAAGAUUUAUCACCAUCUAUGGAGCGGAGACGAGAUUAUGAGCCUGCUGAGAGAACAUGGUCUGGCUAAGGAAGAGGAGCCUGAGUCUGGCUAG